GUUAUCUGAUCUGUUUAUUUAUUUUGUGUUGUUUACACGGCUACUUUUAUUUUUGUGCAAUUGGCCAAUCUGUUAUCAAUUUUUUUUUGCUCACGGAUUUCCUCGAAUGCGUAAUGAUAACUACGUUUAUCUGUUUGGUUUCAUAAUAUAAUAUUAUUGUCGUACAAUAUUGUUAGUCCGACAAAAAUGACGAAUUUGUUUGUUUCAGCAGUAUUUACUUUGUAGUGCUAUAAUAUGAUAUUCACUAAGUGAUGUGUUUUACUUGUAAUCCGUCAACAAAGUAACCCAUGCAUACGUCUGGAUUGUAAAUGAACAAUUAUCUUGCUUAAUUUCUACACUAAAAAUCGUAAUUUACAUAUGAUUGAUCUGUAUUGAAAUGUAGCAAAAGAACAAACCGCUUAAAAGUAAUACAAUGGCAGUUCCAAACACAGAAACCAAUCGUUUAUCGAUUACCAAAUCGGAAAACAGCACUACAAUGGACAAUGAUCACUUCUGCAAAUUGAUUCUUUACUUGGAAAUACCUUCCGUCAAUAUAAGAAUAUGGGACGUUGCUAUUCUCGUUCCAAAUUUGAUUUUUAUGGUGUACCUAGUAACAAAGUUAAGUCGCGCUAGAUUAAAACUUCGAGCGGCAAAUAGUCCAAUUUUCUUAACGUUUUACUGUUUGGUGUUGUUCAAUGUAUUUAUGAGUAUAUUAAGAUGUCUAAUUUCAAUGACACUCAAUUACAGUAAUUUGGCUGCCGAUUCCAUUAAUAUAACACUUUGGGUGGUAGUCAAAUGUUUUUUUUUGGCCACUGAAAUGAGCGUAAUAGUCUUUGCUUUGGCUUUUGGUCAUAUGGAAAGUAGAAGCAGUAUAAGAUAUGUAUUGAUUACAACAUCAUUAAUAUCAUUAGUGUAUUCAGCUAGUCAAGGAGCCCUGGAAAUUCUGAUGCCAGACUCCGUUUUUAGAAUUACCUCAAAGGACUUAAAUUUAUUUGGCCACGGAGGUGUUCUAUUUUGGUUGAUUAGCUCUGUAGUGUUUACUAUGCUUUACUUGCUCAUUUUGGUAUUGCCUUUUACUAGACUUCGAGAGAAACUGCCCUUACCAGUAAACCGGUCAUUCUAUGUAUACGUCUUGAUGUUAGCAAUGUUAAAUGGUAUCGGCUCAAUUGGUUGUGCAUUUCUACUAAUAAAAAUCACAGAAGGACUUUGUAUAGUAGACGUCACAACAUUCUUAUAUUUUACUUUAUUCACACCUCUAGUCUACGUAACAUUCUUGAGUACAUUUUUUAAUGUCUCUCAAUCAAGUAUCAUGUUUUCUUAUAAAGCACAAAACGAUGAUCGCAUUGAAGACGAUACAGUGUCAUUACCUCAUCAACCAUCCUUUUCGUCUUUAAAAACCGACUCCGAUUAUAUUUAUCAGACGGAUCACAUCUACAACAAUACCAGAUUUUCUGUUAGCGACAGACAAAUAGCUAAUCCUUUGUACAACGCUUCUUUACAAAGUCCGGAUAGUAUUACUGGCUAUAGUAUGGAUGAACAGACUAUAACCUCCGAUGAACAAAAAAACUAAAACAUGUUUAAUGUAGUAUGUAAGAACUUAUUUCCGGUGUUCCUGUGUUUACUUUUUAAUAAGUUGUUUUUAAUUUUUUGGAUAUGUUUUUGAACUAUACAUUUACUUUAUAUAUUUAAUCAUAUAUGUAAAAAACACUAAUAAUAAGAUAGUUGUACUAAGUGUACGUAGUCAUAUUUUAAACUUUAUACUAGUGAAAUUACCAUCACCUAUAUUUAUUUUAUACCUAUUCAUAAAUAUUUACUAUAAUAUUUUACUUUAUUUUUUAUAAACUUUACUUAAUCUUCCUAUUGCUUUUUUUUAAUAUAUUGUAUUAUCUAGGUUGACCAUUACCUUUAGAACACAAAUUGUUUGGUUUUGUUUUUAUUGUAUUUUUAUAUUAAUAUUUAUUGUAUGUAUGUAAUUUCUUUUGUUAUAAGUCUUGGAACAUUUAUUGUAUUGUGUAUAGUUUUUGUUUGUUAUUUAUUAUAAUUGGCACAACAAAUUAUUAUUAUAAGUGUAAAGUAGAGGAAAUACUAGAUGAA